AUUAUUUAUGCUAAUUAUUAUUACUAAUAAAAGAGGCACCAAUAUAACUUUACCAUGGUGUUCAGGGCAGGGAGGGAAAGAAGCAACAAAGCCCAAAGUCUAAUUGAAAGUUUUUUUAUAUAUUAAGAAACCUGAGCAGAACCUUGGGGAGAUGUAGUCCUGUUAGUCCCGCAAGGCUGAAUUUUUCCCAGUAGCAGCCAUCAGUUCAUCGCCUCUAUGUGAGCUUAGUCUCCAGCCCACAAGAGCAGGGCUGCCCCUCCCCUCAGCCCUGUCAGCCAGCCAGCCUCCCAGAGCCACAAGUCAUCUCCAGCCUCGCCGACAAGCAGAUACCCAGAGCCCAGCCAGAGGAGCAGCUGUUCUUCAGUGAGGAGGAGGCGGAGGUGGAGGAUGGGGGGGGACGAAGUGGGGGGCGCGGAUGGAGAGGCUGGACGUGAUGCCUUUGCCUAAGCCCUGGUGCCGGUCAUGGUAAUGGUGUGUGUGAGCCGGAGGUGAGCAAGCGGCGGAGCCCAGGAUGUACUGGGGCAGGGGCUGGAGGAGGCCUCGCUGGUGGGCCUGCCUGCUGGCCGGCUUGGCCCUGCUGCUCUGCCUCCACGCCAGCCUCCGGUGCUGCUCUGGGGGGAGAAGGGGCCGAGGCGUGUCCAGCGUAUGUGGUUGCCGGACCUGUGUGGCUCAGCCUGGCACUGACUCCUGGUUUGACGAACGUUUCAACUCAAGUGUGGAGCCGCUGCUGAGCACAAAAAACUCCUGGAUCCAUCCCGAUGCCCUGCACUGGUGGAUGAGACUGCAGUCUGGCCGGACUACGGUUGUCAAAGUCACUGAGUGGUUGCUGAAGGCGGGGGCGACUACAAACCCGUACCAAGGCCCCCCCCAGCCCUCCCGCUGCCGCAGCUGCUCCGUGGUUGGGAAUUCGGGAAAUCUCCGAGGUUCGGAGUACGGGAAGUUGAUCGAUUCGCAUGACUUUGUCCUGAGGAUGAACCGUGCGGCGAUCGCUGGGUUCGAGCCGGACGUGGGCACGAGGACCACCCACCACUUCAUGUACCCAGAGAGCGCCCGUGACCUGCAGCCCCAUGUCUACCUGGUGCUCGUCCCCUUCAAACUACUCGACCUGAUGUGGCUCAGCAGUGCCUUGUCCUCAGGGCACAUCAAUGUAACCUACACCAGAGUCAAGCGAUACAUUAAAGCCGAUAGAGACAAGGUGCUCGUCAUCCACCCAGAAUUCUUCAAGUACGUCCACGAGAAUUGGACAGAGCGACACGGCCGGUAUCCGUCCACAGGCCUCCUGACUCUGGUCUUCGCUCUUCACCUCUGUGACCAGGUCUCGGUGUUCGGCUACGGGGCGGACAUCCGCGGUAACUGGCACCAUUACUGGGAGAAGAACCGGUAUGCGGGAGCGUUCCGGGCAACGGGAGUGCACCACGCCGGCUUCGAGAGGCAGGUCAUCACCCAGCUGGCCAUUGGCGGCAAAAUCCGUCUCUACCCCGGCCAAUAGCCAGUCACCUGAGCCGAGUCCCCACACACCCACACCCACCCCCGGCUCCAUCUUUUAACUCUACAAAAGACAGCACGGAAUCGUGGAGAAUUCUUUCAGCUCGUCCAAACCCGGACACUGUUUUUUCUGCAAUUUUCUUACAAUUAACCGGCUUCACAAAUCAAGGCCUGUGUCGGGAGAUUUCCACAAUCCCACCUCAGGUUAAAUUUUGGAGCAAAUCAGUCUCUGAGGCGGGACCUGACACUCAAGACAGGGGAAAUUUCACAGCAGAGGAGGCCAUUCACCCACCAUGUCCGUGCUGCUCUGAGAAACAACCAUCGUUCAGUCCCUUUCCCUGCCCGACUGGAGCAGCUGUGUGUGUGUGAAGUGGUGCGACUAUGUUUUGUGGAGUGAGUGACCAAUUUUAUUUGGGGGAUUGACGGCCAGGAC